CAUCUCUGUACAUAAACUCACCUUUUCGCGAUCGCCUCCUCUUCCAAACCGUACCCAACUGCUUGUCUCCAACCCAGCCCUGUGGACCCACAGAUGACUCCUUUAGAGCUGCACCAAGCCGUGUUUCUUCUUGGCCCUUGGCUUAUUGGGGCGUUUUUAGAUGUCCUUCUACAAGGAGUCCUGUUUAGCCAGUUCGUCCACUAUGCGCAAUGGUAUCACGAUGACAAACUCGGCUUGAAGCUCGCAGUGGUUGGACUCGCCAUCAUCACUACCUUGAAAUCGAUUCAGGCGUUUGCUCUCGUCUGGAUCAUUUUCAUCCGUCAUUUCCUCGAUCUCCCCGGUGCUAUUCUUCUAAAUUAUACAACUUGGUGGCAGUCAGGUAAUCCGCUUAUGGUUGCUGCAAUAGGACUCUACGUCCAAACGUACUUCUGCUAUCGCCUUUACAUGAUCGCAAAGAGCCCGUUACCUGUUAUUCCUAUAGCAAUUCUAUUUGUGUUCGCUUUCGCUGCUCUUUCAGCCGCUACUUACUUUAUCACCGUUAGCGAUACCCUCGGUAUUGGCAGGUGGUUCGCUGCUCACCUUGCAUCCGUAUUCGCUGGGGACCUCUUACUGUCACUCGUUACUGCUUACUUCUUGAUAAGGUCUAAGAAGAAUGUUCUCCCUCAAACUGUUGGUCUCAUCACUGCGCUUGUGAGGCUGACUUUCCAAACAGCUGCUCCCGCUGCAAUCUGCGCCCUAUUGAAUCUAGUCUUCUCUCAAAUCUACGAUGGAAACGAGAACAUCACGUCUACAGCGUUUAAUAUGAUGCUCCCAAAGUUAUACGCCGUAUCUAUGAUGUGGACCCUCAACGCGCGUCGAACUAUCGGUGCAGCUUAUGGUACUAGCCGACCAUAUACAAACGCCUCAAGUGCAGAUCGGACGACGAGACGAGCCCGUACGGGAGUAGGGCGACACGACCCAGACGUCGAAUUAGGAGAUUUCGGAGGAAUACAAAUCCAUACACAACUCGACCGACAUGUAGAUGUCUGGAACUCAGAUGACGAUGUCAAACAGGACGGAUUGAGGAUAGGCGAAACAUCGGAGACGUCUGUGACAGUGCCAGUUACGCAAAAAGCUGAAUUUUAAGAGGCUGUUUUGGGGGAGGACUGUCGAUGAAAU